AUGUCGUCAGACGAUGAAGAUCCGGAAUUUGCAGCUCAGCUUCUUUCUGCUAUAGAGGAAAGCAAAGAGGAAGAAAAGAACAGGAAAUUGCGAAAAAUGACUAAUUCAUUUCCAACACUCCCGUAUGACGUCAUUCAUAAGAAUCUCCAUUUGACCGAUGAAGAAAUGGUGCUAAUAUUGUCUCAGUUGGUGGAAAAUCAACGCUUGGAAGAGGAGAAAACGCAGCAAGCUCAAAAAGUGUUUACAGAUGGAGCGGCAAAGCCUAUAGACCAAGCGCUUUUUAGCGAGAACAUCGAUAUGGCCAAAUUUUAUAAAGAACAAGUAGCUGAAGCUUUAUGGGCAGAACUCGUUAGAAGACAAGGGUUUCUCGAUGUGACAAAUGUCACAAGGAGUACCAGUGAGCAGACAAAGAUUAGCCUGUUUCUUCGUGAUCAUUUCACUAUGGUAAAAAUGUCGGCGAUUAGCCGUAUGGUACAGGAUAGAGACUUCUAUCAAUGUAUUCUAAUUAUGGCACUAUGCGGAUAUGAGGGAUUCGAGGAGCGACUUCGAGGCAGAAGUUGUAAG